GACGGGACGACGGCCGGACGGUCUGAUGCCAAGCGUCUCCACUGUCAAUCUCACGGCACCACUCCUCCUUCUGUUGCUAUGGGCGACGCAGCCCGCCAUGGCAACCAACUGGCUCUCCCUGGCGAGGCUGCCUCGCUCCAGGCCCGUGUCCGGUGCUGCCCCAUGUGCACGGCUGAGGGGGCUGACCCCGGGGCAAGUGGGGGUGUGCAGAGCACGGGGGGAGGUCAUGGAGUCGGUACGCAAGGCUGCCGAGAUGGUCAUAGAGGAGUGUCAGCACCAAUUCCGGAACCGCCGCUGGAACUGUUCCACCACCCCCAGAGGGAUCAAUGUUUUCGGCAGAGUCAUGAACCAAGGCACUCGCGAGGCAGCCUUUGUGCACGCUCUGUCCUCGGCGGCCGUGGCGGUGGCCGUGACCCGGGCGUGCACGCGUGGGGAGCUGGAGAGGUGUGGCUGUGACAGGAAGGUCAGAGGGGUGAGCCCCGAGGGUUUCCAGUGGUCGGGUUGCAGCGACAACCUGUCCUACGGCGUCGCCUUCUCCCAAACGUUUGUGGACGAACCGGAACGAGCCCGGGGGCUGUCUGCCGGCCGACCGCUGAUGAACCUUCACAACAAUGAGGCCGGUCGAAAGGCCAUCCUUCACAACAUGCAGGUGGAGUGCAAGUGUCAUGGCGUGUCUGGCUCCUGCGAGCUGAGGACCUGCUGGAAAGUCAUGCCGCCAUUCCGGCGCGUCGGCAUUGUGCUCAAGGAGCGCUUUGACGGAGCCACGGAGGUCCGUCUGACUCGCAUCGGAUCCAGGACUGCUCUGCUCCCUCGUGACCCCCAGGUGAAACCGCCCGCUGCCAGAGACCUGGUGUACCUCGCAUCGUCCCCAGACUUCUGUCAGCUGGACCCUGACAACGGCAUUCCCGGAACCGCGGGCAGAAGAUGCAAUGGAACCUCGCGGUUAGCACCGGACGGCUGCGAGCUGGUGUGCUGCGGGCCGGGCUACAGGGCGGGCCGGGCCGAGGUGGUGCAGCGGUGCUCCUGCAAGUUCUCCUGGUGCUGCUCGGUCCGCUGCCAGCAGUGCAAGAACACCGUCACCGUUCACACCUGCAGAGUUUGA